AUGGCAACAACGGUUAUAUUCCUUAGCUUCAUUCUAAUCGCAUUCUUCACCACCUUAACGGGUGGCCAUAACAGCACCGUGAGUCUGUUAGAGAUCGAAGCCUUAACGGCCUUCAAACGGAACCUUCACGACCCACUUGGCUCCCUGGACAGUUGGGAUCCUUCCACGCCGUUAGCACCCUGUGACUGGCGCGGCAUUGUCUGUUACAAUAACCGAGUCCACCAACUCACCUUGCCUCGCCUUCAACUCACGGGUCAACUCGCUCCUUCACUCUCCAAUCUCUUCCAACUCCGAAAACUCAGUCUCCACUCCAACAACUUCAACGCCUCCAUCCCUUCCUCUCUCUCGCAGUGUUUGCUCCUCCGCGUUGUUUACCUUCACAACAACACAUUCUCCGGCGAGCUUCCGCCGGCGCUUCUCAACCUCACCAACCUUCAAAUCCUCAAUGUCGCUCGCAACCUCCUCUUCGGCAAUGUCCCCGGCCACCUCUCGACAUCCCUACGGUUUCUCGAUUUGUCGUCCAACGCAUUCUCCGGCGAAAUUCCGGCGAAUUUUUCUUCCGACUCUCAGCUCCGAUUCGUCAACUUGUCCUACAAUAGCUUCACCGGCGUAAUUCCGGCGAGCAUCGGAACGCUGCAACAUCUUCAGUAUCUGUGGUUGGACUCCAACCGGUUACACGGAACCUUGCCAUCGGCUCUCGCGAACUGUUCCUCUCUGGUGCACCUCACCGCAGAGGAUAACGCUCUGAGCGGGUUGAUUCCGGCCUCCGUGGGAACAAUGCCGAAGCUUCAAGUAUUGUCGCUGUCGCUGAAUCAACUUUCGGGUUCGGUCCCCACGUCUCUGUUUUGCAACGCACACGUGCGAAACGUUCGGCUAGGGUUUAACGCGUUCACGAGCAUUUCCACGCCGCCAAGUGAAGAAUGCGUUGGUGUUUUGGAGGUUUUGGACCUCAAAGAGAAUCACAUUGUUCACGCCUCGUUUCCCUCGUGGUUGACCAAUGCGACGUCGUUGAGGGUUCUCGAUCUUUCUGGAAACUUGUUUUCCGGCACUCUUCCGGUGAAUAUAGGGAAUCUUUUCAGGUUACAGGAACUAAGAGUUUCGAAUAAUUCGUUAUCCGGUGGUGUUCCCGGUAGCAUUGUGAAUUGUAGGUUGUUGCAGGUUAUUGAUCUUCAGGGGAACCGGUUUUCUGGUGUUAUUCCUUCGUUUCUGGGGCAACUGGGAAACCUGAAAGAGUUGUCUCUUGGGGGUAACCGUUUUACCGGUUCGAUACCGGCGAGUUAUGGAACGCUUUCUGCGUUGGAGACUCUGAAUUUGAGCGAGAAUGAACUAACAGGGAUUGUGCCAAAGGAGAUGAUGCAACUGGGUAACGUGAGUGCUUUGAAUCUCAGCAACAACAGGUUUUCGGGUGAAGUUACGUCUGAUUUUGGGGACUUGAAAGCUUUGGAGGUUCUUAAUUUGAGUCACUGUGGGUUUUCGGGAAAGGUUCCUGCUACAUUGGGGAAUUUGAUGAGACUAAGGGUGUUGGAUUUGAGCAAGCAGAAUCUUUCGGGGGAAUUGCCCGUUGAGCUUUUUGGAUUGCCGAGCCUGCAAGUUUUGGCACUUGAGGAGAAUCGUUUGAGUGGUGCUGUUCCUGAGGGUUUCAGCAGCAUAGUUAGUUUACGGUAUCUUAAUCUCACCUCCAAUGGGUUUUUUGGUGACAUUCCACAAACUUAUGGCUUCCUUAGUUCCUUAAUUGUUCUUUCUUUGUCUCACAAUAAUGUUUCUGGCACAAUACCUACUGAGAUUGGUGGUUGUUCUCAACUUGAAGUGUUGCAGCUGCGGUCAAAUCGUUUGGAGGGUAACAUUCCGGGUAGUUUCUCGCGCAUUUACCGUUUAAAGGAGCUUAAUUUGGGACACAAUAGAUUGAAGGGUGAAAUCCCAGAUGAAAUAUCACAAUGUUCUGGUUUGACAUCACUCUUGUUGGAUAGUAAUCACUUCACGGGUCAUAUACCAGGUUCCUUGUCAAAACUAUCAAAAUUGACUUUAUUGAACAUUUCUUCAAAUAUGUUGACCGGGGAGAUACCAGUUGGACUUUCACGCAUUUCUGGUUUGAAGUAUUUAAAUCUUUCGAGAAACAAUCUUGAGGGUGAGAUUCCGGUAAUGCUUGGUGCUAGAUUCAAUGACCCUUCUGUGUUUGCGAUGAAUCAGAGGUUAUGUGGGAAACCCUUGCAAAGAGAGUGUGCAAAUAUAAGAAGGCGAAAGAGGAGAAGGCUAAUAAUUUUUAUAGGGGUGGCCGUGGCUGGACUAUGCCUUUUGGCGUUGUGUUGUUGUGGCUAUGUUUACAGCCUCUUUAGGUGGCGCAACAAGCUUCGAGAAGGGGUAAUGGGUGAGAAGAAACGGAGCUCAACAAGUGCAAGUGUGGGAGCAGAGAGGGGUAGUAGAGGGAGUGGUGAAAAUGGAGGACCAAAGCUAGUGAUGUUCAACAACAAGAUCACUUACGCGGAGACAUUGGAAGCAACCAGAAACUUUGAUGAGGAAAACGUGUUGAGUAGGGGAAGAUAUGGCCUUGUGUUCAAAGCAUAUUAUCAAGAUGGCAUGGUUCUCUCCAUUCGUCGUCUCGUUGAUGGAUUCAUAGACGAGGGAACCUUCCGCAAAGAAGCAGAAUCACUGGGCAAAGUGAAGCAUCGAAAUUUAACAGUUCUGCGUGGCUAUUAUGCAGGACCGCCCUCUGAUGUAAGGCUUCUUGUUUACGACUACAUGCCAAAUGGGAACCUAGGAACACUGCUUCAAGAGGCAUCACAACAAGAUGGCCAUGUGCUGAAUUGGCCAAUGCGUCAUCUCAUUGCACUAGGCAUUGCUCGAGGGCUUGCUUUCUUGCAUUCGGUGCCAAUAGUGCAUGGUGAUUUGAAGCCUCAAAAUGUUCUCUUUGACGCAGAUUUUGAAGCCCAUUUGUCUGAAUUUGGGUUGGAGCGGUUGACAAUAGCAACACCAGCAGAAGCAUCCUCGUCGACAACCCAAGUUGGCUCAUUAGGCUAUGUGUCACCAGAAGUUGCAUUAAGUGGGGAAGCAACAAAGGAGGGUGAUGUAUACAGCUUUGGUAUUGUGUUGUUGGAGAUCCUAACGGGGAAGAAACCAGUUAUGUUCACGCAAGAUGAGGAUAUAGUGAAGUGGGUGAAAAAGCAGUUACAAAGGGGCCAAAUUUCGGAAUUGUUGGAGCCUGGUUUGCUUGAACUUGACCCUGAGUCAUCAGAAUGGGAAGAGUUUUUGUUAGGGGUCAAAGUUGGUCUCCUAUGCACAGCAACUGAUCCUCUUGAUCGACCAUCUAUGUCUGACGUUGCUUUCAUGCUCCAAGGUUGCCGGGUCGGACCGGAGAUCCCAUCCUCAGCUGAUCCUACAACACUACCUUCCCCUGCAUGA